AUGGACCACAACUCUCUGUCUGCAUCCAUCCAGCCAAUUCCUUCUCCACUGAACAGUCCGUCCAUCCAAAGUGUGUAUGAGCCAGACAGAAACGUGCUGCGGAGGAAAGAAUGGGAGAGGAGAAAUCAGGAGGCCCAGCAGGACAAUGGCGCGUUUAACACGAGCUAUUCCCUCUUCAGUGAACCAUACAAGACUAACAAGGGGGAUGAGCUUUCCAAUCGCAUCCAGAACACGUUGGGCAACUAUGAUGAAAUGAAAGACUUGCUAACGGACCGGUCCAACCAGAGCCACCUUGUUGGGGUCCCGAAACCUGGGGUUCCUCAGACAUCCCUGCCCAAGGCUGAUGAGCAUCUCAUCGCAGACUCGAGACCACCACCUCCUCCUCCUCUGUCCAGCACCACUUCUGCCACACCAGCAUCCCUAGCUGCCCAGCAGAGCAAAAGUGCCACGAUGGGCUGGCAGAAGGCUGGGCACAAUGCCACGCCAGAUGGCCAGCCGAGAGCGGGCAAGCACGGCCACCGAGCGCUGGAGCCACACAAGGCUGACUUCAAACUGGCCAACCAAAAAUCCGGUUUGGAGAAACUAAAACGCUAUGCAUCGAGUCCCACCUCCUCCUCUUCCUCCUCCUCUUCCUCCUCCUCCACCUCUUCCUCCUCCUCCUCCUCCUCCUCCAACAGUGCCCAGCAAAGCACGCUGCGGGCCACGUUAGGAGACAGCAUCAGUAGAGUCCAGCAGCCAGCGAAGCUCAGUUGUAGCUCAGAAGGAGGAACUCAAGUCCAAGAGAGGCCAGCAAAGCAUGGUGGGGGGCACUGUGUCCAAAACUUCCCACCCUCUCUUGCUUCAAAGCCCAGUCUGGGUCAGCAGAAGCCAACAGCUUAUGUAAGGCCAAUGGAUGGUCUAGACCAGGCUCCUGAUGAGUCUCCGAAGCUGAAGUUACCAGCAGAGACAACCAAGUCCUAUCGGGGAGUGCCUUCCAGCAAGCCUGAUUCAGCCAGGACCAAGUCAAAGAUCACCAAGUUCAGUAUUCCUAAGCAAGAAGAACUGCUCGUGUUAUCAGCACGGCGCUCCCGGCUAUUUCUGCGGCAGCAGCAGCGCUAUCCUGGGCGGCAGCGCUCGCACCCGCACCGCAGCCCUGCAGAUGUUCUGCAGCCUCUGCUGCCUCAGGGACUGAUGGACACAGCAUCCAGGGAACAGGCUGAGCCCUGA